ACAUUAUUUCAGUUUCUCGGGCAAAAUAAUAUCAAUGCAGAAAAUAUCUCGUUCCUGUGGCCAAAUUGUGAAUGUUUUCUACGGAAACAUACCCUUAUCAGCAGGUCACACAUCAGUGUUGCACUAAUAUUGCACUUUACUGGGAGCUCAAGUCCAUUAGCUGAUUAGCUAAUCUCCAAGGAUUAGUUCAGGGGAUUAUGCAGGUCUUUUGAUAUCUAUCCAUCAUGAACAGUGAAUCAUAGCAGGAUCAACCGCUCUGCAGAUGAUCGACUUGAGCACAGGCAGGCCUUGAACCAGUAUGUACAUCACAGAUGUCACUUUGCUGAAUUUGCACAUGUAGACUCUUCAACCAGCCACAGAUCUGACCACCUGACCUUUGACCUGUCAAGAAGGCGUGAUGCCGAUCUACCAUGAGAAGCAGCGCUGGGAGCUGUGCGCUCUUCAUGCACUCAAUAACGUGUUCCAGGAUGGGAAAGCUUUCAAUAAACAAUCCAUGGAUGAACUAUGCCAAAGCUUAUCGCCCGGCUCGGUACUGAACCCACACAAGAGCAUGCUGGGAUUGGGUAACUAUGACGUGAAUGUCAUCAUGGCCGCCGUACAGAGGAGAGAAUGCGAGGCGGUCUGGUGGGAUAAAAGAAGGAGUCUGGAACAACUUGAACUGGACAACAUCCUGGGUUUCAUCAUGAACGUACCCUCGCCCAUCCAGCUGGGCUUUGUCAGCGUCCCCAUCCGUCGCAAACACUGGAUAGCCCUCCGCCAUAUAGAGGGCGCUUUUUACAAUCUAGACUCCAAACUGAGCAAGCCGCAGACAAUCGGCACUACCUCCGCAAUAUUCCUGGACUUUCUACGCUCUCAGCUCAAGCAGAAAGGCUGUGAACUCUUGUUGAUUGUAGAGCGGGAUGUUUGUGAACUGCGUACGUGGUUAAAAGACCCGACGUCUUGAUCUUAAGCCGGAAUCAUCGCAUGAUCUCUUUCCAUCACUAAAGAAGACAGUGUCGAGAUCCCCAGCAAUGGAUGCACAACAUGCAAUCACAAGUUACUUCAAGUGUCGAGCAAAUCAUUGUGUUUACAACGCAUUUUCUAAUCAUGUCUAUUUUUUUGUUUAGCCUUUUUUGUUUACAUGUAUGUUAAAGCCCCACUAAAUCUAACAUGUCACCGAGUCGCGCACUGAUCCAAUCACAGAUUGAGCUUGAGGUUCUCGUAAGCUUUACA